AUGUUGUCUCGAGUUGCACAGACUCUUCGAAGCGGUGCCCGUGUGGCCAGCCCGGUGGCCGGCGCACUGCGAAACAGCUUUACCGUGGUGCAGGAGGCCACUCCCCGACUCAACCGCUGUGAGCUCUAUGUGCCGGGCACACAGGCGAAGAUCAUCCCCAAAGCUGCCAAGUCGGCUGCUGAUGUGGUUGUGAUGGACCUGGAAGACUCAGUUGCCAUUGGCGAGAAGGAGGUGGCGCGGAAGAACGUCAUCCAAGCCUUGAAGGAAGUCGACUUUGGCAACAAGACCGUCGCAGUCCGCAUCAACGGGCUCUACAGCCACCACAUGUACCGGGACGUGGUAGACAUCAUCGAGCAGGCCGGAGAACGUUGUGAUGUCUUUAUCGUCCCUAUGGUGGGCGUCGACAAGGACGUCUACAUGGCAGAUGCAUUGGUGAGCCAAGUGGAGGAAGCGGUCGGCCGAAAGAAGAAGAUCGGCUUUGGCCUCAUCAUCGAAGCGACCAUGGGCAUGAUGAAUGUGAACUCCAUCGCUGCAGCAUCCAAGCGCAACGAGUCCCUGCACUUCGGGGUGGCCGACUACAGCGCAUCCACCAAGAGCCGCACCACCAACAUCGGAGGACCCAACAAGCUCUACGGCGUGCUCACCGACAAGGAUGGCGACAAGCCCCGUGACUUCGUUUGGGGCGACCCCUGGCACUAUGCCAUGUCCCGCAUCGUGGUGGCCGCGCGCGCCAACGGCCUCCGCCCGGUGGACGGCCCCUUCGGCGACAUCGGAGACCCCGACGGGUACCGGGCGCAGUGCAACCGCGGGGCGGCCCUCGGCAUGGAAGGAAAGUGGGCGAUCCACCCGAGCCAGGUGGCCAUUGCCAACGAGGUCUUCAGCCCCGGGGAGGCCGAGGUGACGCAAGCGCGCCGCGUGCUGGAGGCGAUGGAGAAGGCUCAACGCGAGGGGCUGGGCGCGGUGUCCUUGGACGGCAAGCUGGUGGACAUUGCAUCGAUCAAGCAGGCUGAUGCUAUUGUGAAGAAGGCCGAGGCCAUCGCUGCCAUGAACUGA